GGAUAUCACAAAGACAUCAAUAUUACAUUACCAAGUAGAAUACUCUUAUAUCAGGUAUAUACUUUUAUCCAUACUGCCCCUCCAUGAACUUUAUCGUUUUUUUGACUCAUAGCUUUUAGCUGUAAAAAGUGUCCCCUCCAAAGUUCAUAUGUUGAUCUGCGCAUUUACUCAUUCACAUAUCUACAUGCGAUACAUCACGUCGCAUCAUUAUGUCUCAAAAUAAAUCUGCCCGAGGCGGUCCCGCCGCUAAAGGCAAGAAAUCUGCCAAGCCAGGAGGUGACGAUAAACGGGAAGAUGUUCUUCAAGCAGUGCUUAUAGCCGACUCUUUUCAAACGAGGUUCCAGCCCUUUUCACUAGAGAAGCCAAGAUGUCUACUCCCCCUUGCGAAUACACCUCUUAUCGAGUACACCCUCGAAUUCCUCGCAAUGAAUGGCGUGCAGGAACUCUUCAUAUAUUGUGGUGCCCAUCACGAUCAGAUCGAGAGAUAUAUCCAUGACUCUCGAUGGUCUCCUACUGCUCGAUCCUGUCCCUUUUCGAAUAUUGACUUCAUACGUGUCGCCGAUGCCCGCUCUAUAGGUGACUUUCUUCGAGAUUUGGACAAGCGCAAUAUCAUUGGCGGAGAUUUCAUUUUGGUACAUGGUGACCUCAUUGCCAAUCUCUCUCUCGACAAAGCUCUGGAAGCACACAGGGCUCGUAGAGAAGCAAAUCGAGACUCUUGCAUGACUAUAGUGCUACGAGAAGCUGGCGAAGGGGAACAUAACACCAAAGUCAAGGGAUUGACACCCGCCUUCAUCAUUGACCCGAAUGCGAAGAGAUGCUUGCAUUAUGAGGAGAUACAUCCAUUACAAUCAGAUCACUACGUCACUCUUGACCCGACUAUACUUGAGAACCGUGAAGCCGAGGCACGGACAGACCUAAUCGAUGCCGAGAUUGACAUUUGCACACCGGACGUGCUCGCUUUGUGGUCCGAAAGCUUUGAUUACGAACUCCCUCGCGCAAACUUCCUGCACGGCGUUUUGAAAGAUUGGGAACUAAAUGGGAAGAUGGUACACACGGAAAUAGUCAACGAGGGAUACAGCGCACGCGCUAGAAAUCUUCAGAUGUACGAUGCCAUCAGUCGAGACGUAUUGAGGGGCUGGACUUAUCCCUUCACCCCUGACUGCAAUCUCUUACCGGGGCACACAUACACACUACAAGGCGAUAACGUCCACCAAGAGGACGAUGUGGAAAUAUCAUCUGGAAGUGAAGUAUUCGACGUGAUAAUCGGCAAAGAUACCCAUAUCGGGCCCCAGAGCACGAUACAAAACAGCAUCAUUGGCCGAAAUUGUAAAAUUGGCAGCAACGUGCGGAUUACUGACAGUUAUAUUUGGGAUGCCACUACAAUUCAUGACGGUGCUGUGAUAGAGCAUGCAAUUAUUGCAGAAAGGGGAGUUGUAGGAAAAGAAGCUGUUGUUCACGAGGGCGCUCUGGUCUCAUUUGGGGUUCACCUGGGCGAGAAAGUGGAUGUCAAAGCUGCUACAAUGCUCUCCCUUCUCUCAUAUAACGGACAGCGCAUAUCAUCACAGCCCAAAGCCGUCGGUAGCGAAGGCAAAGGGGCUGUGUUUGAAGACCCAGAAGAUGAUGAAGCAGAUCCUGAAGACCCUGCUAAUUUACAGAAGUCGCUUGUAUAUUCCCUCGAAGACCUUGACCUCUCUGACUCAUCUGUCUCGACCAUUGGAGAUGAUGAGUAUAUGUCAGAUGAUUCGGGUCCGGUAUCAGGGACAACUAGUCAGAUGAACUCGAGAUCACGUCUUUCUUCCUUUGCCUCGGACGAUUCAGGCGCCCCCAAUUACUCUUCAUUCCACUCUGAUGCGGUACAUGGAUUAUUGGACGUUCUCCGCGAAAUAUCGGGAAACUUUGACUCUGAAAAGCUGGAGUUCAUGUCACUACGACUCGCUAAUAAUGCAUCCGACACGGCAAUGCGCAAGGCCGUCGCAACAGCCUUUGUUCGUCGCGCUGUUGAGCUCAUGAAUGCCGAAACCGGGGCUUUGGAGCCAACUAAAGCGGCUAAACAGGUCCUUACCUCGCAGGCAGGAGCCACGAAUUUCGUGACAGAGGUGGGCGUUGGCGAUCAUUCUGUUUCAGAGCAGGUUGAAUUCGCGCUAGCGGUACAGAAAGCAUGCGUGAAUAGCUCAAAGUUGAUUGAAGUGGUGAGAGCUGGAAACCUUCUUGCUGCUAUGCUGCAGCAGAUGUAUGACCUUGAUAUUCUCGAAGAAGAGGGCAUUCUGGGUUGGUGGGAGGAUGACAGGAGCAAAGAGGAUGGUUUGAUGUCAGGGGUACGGGAGAAGUGCAAUGCUCUCGUUGAAUGGCUCGAGAACGCCGACGAGGAAAGUGAGGAAGAGGAUGAUGACGAUGACGAUGAAUGAUUUUGUAGUUUUCUAUAUCAUUCAUCCAUCUGUACUCUGUUAGGUACUAAGUAGGUGUCUAGUUACAACUUGAACUAGAGCUAUCUACGAAGAAGGCUUUGAGUAGUAAACAAAGGCCUAAAAAUAGAAAUCCAAAGUUAAUCAAACUAGUUGGUAGUUCAAAAA